UCACAUAUAUAAGCUGUUUCAUAAUAACAAAACCCUAAGAAAAUCGCAAAUUAGCUUUAGAAAAAAAAUUAGAGAUGGCGGACGAGAGCUUCACCGACGGUACAAGAGUCCCUAGCAACGGCAACAAUCCUUGUCGGAAAACCGAAGGAGUAGACUUAAUAAGCUCUUUACCUGAUUCUAUCCUCCAACAUAUCCUCUCCUUUAUUCCGACCAAGUUAGCCAUCAGAGCCUCCCUCUUGUCCAAACGAUGGAGACAUGUAUGGUGCGAUAUACCUUCUCUCUCCUUAGAUGACCAGACACUGAAGGAUACUUCAAUAACCCUAAAUCGCUUCACUUCUCUGAAGAUAAUGAAUUUUCAUCUCAACACCACAAUGAAGCAGAAUAUUCCCCAUAUCAACAAGUGGGUCGAGUUCGCCAUAUCCCGCAACGUGGAGAAUCUUUCCCUGGAUUUCUGGAACCCUAGUUCCAGUUACAAGUUUGAGAUUCCUGAUUUCUUCUACGUCAAUUCAUCUGUUAAGCAACUCACCAUUAAGUUAAGCUUUACUGAUCUUAUGGUUCCCGCAUGCUCCCUAUCUUGGACAUCCCUGAAGAAGUUGUACUUACGUAAUUGUAAUCUCUCUGAUGAAUCCAUGGCUAAGAUUCUAUCUGGUAUUCCCCUUCUCGAAAGCUUAACAUUGUAUUUCUGCAAUGAACUAAGGGUUCUGGAUCUCAGUAAAUCACUGCGUUUGAGAACGUUGAAGAUAAACCGCAAAAUUUGGGUUCCGGGGCCAACACAUAUUGUGGCACCACAUAUCUAUCGUCUCAGAUUGAGAAACUCUCAGUUACCAUGUACUUUUGUUGAUCUCUCGUCUUUAGCCGAAGCUAGACUGGACAUUUGCAUUGUCCCAAUAACCCGAACCUUCAAGGCUGAUUUUCUUCAAGACAUGGUACUAAAGAUGUUAGAAAAGUUGCAGAAUGUAGAGAAGCUUACUUUUGGGGGAAACUUUCUACAUAUUAUAUCUCUUGCCGAGGUUCGUGGUGUUCGUUUUCCGAUGUUCAAGGUGAAAGAUUUGACUCUGGAGACAGUGAUCUUUCAGUAUGUUAUUCCUGGUAUAGAAAGACUGUUACAAAACUCACCUAAUUUAAAGAAGCUAACUAUACGCGCAAGGGAUACCAACACCAUACGGAAGGAGUAUAUAAACAACUACUUGAAGUUGCAAGGCUUAAACCUAGAUCAAUGCUGGAGAUCAAAAGAUGGGGUCGUUUUCAACAAUUUACGUUGGGAUUUAGAGUCAAAGCACGCGACUUCAUUUGUGGAACUUGUGCUUAAAAACACAAAGACAUUGAAGUUAGACAAGAUAGUCAUACUUUUGAAUGAGCGUUACCUUCGGUUUAAGUUUGAAGAGCUGGUCGUUCCAACACUUUCUCAUAACAACUUCUCCAUUGCGCUCUUAAACAUGCCUAUGACAUCAGAUGAUGAGGAUUGGUAAAUCAUUUAUUUUUUCGAGUCUCAUUGAACAUUUAUUUUUUCUUCGAUCAUGAGUGUACUUUUAUUGAUAUUAAUUAAUGAAGGUUUUACAUCGAAUCUCACUUUAACAUACUAGAAGAAGAGAUUAAUAUUUCCUGAUCCAUAGUACUAGUAAUGAAACCCGAUUCGACUAGUCAGUGUCCGGUCCGGUUUCUAAGUUAUAUUAAUGAACUGAUUAUCUCAAAUAUAUUUUCGACUCCCUUAAAAGCUAGUGAGCUAUGAAACUUAUCUAAUUAAAAUCUUAAUACUCGGGUCGGGCUAGGAACAUAUCAUGUCUUUUUCUUAUCAUUAAACUCCUAGCUCUGCUUAUGUCAGAUAUGACCACACCAAUAGAUUGAUAAGGAUCCAAAAGCAUGUGUACUUACCGAAUUACUAGGGCUAUUGUAAAAUGCUUAAAUCCCCGUAGAAUUGACCCAUAAGCCCUAAAGUAGCUCCACAACCUUCAAUGUCUUCUUCAAACACCUAUGGGUUAUUUUAAACUUCCAAUAAGUAUCAGGAUCGAUACGAGAAGCCCGUGGUUGGAAGUUGGAACAGGCCUAGGAGCAACCAUUUGGAACGUGAGAGUUUCCAAAUCCGGACAGCUAUUGAUCAAGAGCCUUUUUCCAAUGAACUCAUUUGGAAGAAGAUUUGUCUUCAUUACCAAAUGUCGAGUUUCCAUCGGUUCUCACAAUCGAACCGGAUCUUCUCCAUCUUGGAUCAACUUAAUGAGAAAA